GAGCGCAGCUCUUCAUCACACACUCCCUGAUCUGAGGCACGGCUCUGAGGAACUUCAUACGGUUGCUCCGCACUGACACUCCUCUCGCAUGUGAGACUGGGAUAUUCGGAUUGUUCUGCAACUUCUUUGAUGAUAAAGUUCCUGAAAACUGAAGAAGACUCGACGACAGACGUUUAACGCCAGAAAACCUGAGCUGUGAAAUAUGUGAGGGGUCUGAAAACACACGGACCUUCUUAAAAUGAGUUUGCAGUAAAUCUUCUGAUGGAUCUCUAAGAGUCAGGCUUUAUGAAAACAGUUAAUCUGGACAGAAAGAGGAACCGAAUGUCAGGAAUAGCAGUCGAUGUUUGCAGAACUGCGUCUGUGUGAGAUCUGAGCCGUUUCAUUGAUCAUGUCUGUCAUAGCGAUCGAUCAAUCGACCAAUCGGGGACCGAUGUCAGUCUUGAUCUCUAGACGGCAGGAUGACUGACAGAUGAUUAUAAUUUGGAAACAUCAAAACUAACCCUGAACACGGAUAGCGGCUGAUCCUGAUGAUCUCAGAAAGGUCCUAAAAGCAGCGACUCGAUCUGCAGACCUCCACAUGAGGAGCGAGGAGAAUAAUCUAAGAGCUUCCGGAGAUCUCGGGUCAUGAUGGAGAAAAGCGAGUCUCCCGUCUCACCCUCCCCGCCGGUCCUCCAGCACGCCAGUCCUGCGCGGACGGGAUCGCCCGACGCUAACGUAGAGAGCCGCACGGACGCGACUGACCCGGAGGCCGCCGCAGCCGAGCCGGAUGCGGCCACACCUCAGCGCGUGUCCCCGAUCUCCUCGACGUCAAUCCCUCCCAACGUCCCGGUGAUCAGCCUGGCUCACAGCAAACCCCCCCUGCCCCCGAUGACGGCCCUGCACCCGGUGCCCCCCCCCCUCCGGCACGGCCCCGUGGAGCUGAGACUCGCUCACCUGUCCGGCGCUGCUGGACCCCCGGCGGCCCUCCUGCCGCCCGCCUUCCUGCACACACACCCCUUCAUCAGCAGCUCUUUCCUCGGACCGUCUGGAAGCUUCGGGAUCUUCAGUAACGCCCGUGUGAAGAGACGCCCGCCCGCACACUUCGAACUGGACCUCAAUGACGGUCCUCCUCAGAAGUUGGCCCGGCGGGUCUUCACCAACAGCCGCGAGCGCUGGCGGCAGCAGAACGUAAACGGCGCUUUCUCCGAGCUCCGCAAACUCAUCCCGACCCACCCGCCCGACAAGAAGCUCAGCAAGAACGAGAUCCUGCGACUCGCCAUGAAGUACAUCGACUUCCUCGUGGAGCUGCUGAACGACCAGACGAGCGACCAGACGGGGAAAAGCUCGGCGGAUCCGGACGGGAGGAAGGACGAAAUCCACGGCAAAAACAGAGACUCUACGGACUCCAUGAUGGUGUCGUCGGGAUCCAGCUGUUACGGGGACACGGACAGCGAGGAGAGCUCAGGGUCCUCGAACCUGCGGCGUCGAGACCAAACACACCGGGAUCACGGAGAAGAAGGUUCGGGAACAGAUACUGGCGGUCACAGCAAGCACUUACCAGCGGUGACUACACCACAAACCAACACACUGGAUGUGGGAGUUUAACCCUCGACACGUAUAAACCGCAGACUGUGUAAAAAUAUGGACGUGACGUUUUGAAGAGCAUUUUUGAAGCCCAAAGUGGGCGGAUAAACGAAUGUGCGGCGAAGCAGAGGUGACGCUAAUGCUAAUAGUGUCACUCAAGUGGCCACGCCCUUAAUCAUGCAGAACUUUAAGGCUUAAUAUAAUUUAAACGGUUGAGUUAUGAAAAUAUUCACCCCCGUCACAGUCGUCAUGAAGGGCUGCAUUAGCGAUAUAGACCAAAACCACUUUUAGCACCAGACUGGAAACGUGUGUUUUCCUGCUGUAAAGUUGGGCGUUUUAACAUGCGGGUCUAUGGGAGUGAGUCUCUCCUGCAGCGCCUCUAGUGGCCAGUGGAGGAACUGCACUUGGAUGCCGCUUGAAAUAAACAUUGACAUUUUGUGUGGAAUUACAGCGAAUUUACUAUUUUAAAUUCACGCUUGUGUUCCUGGUCCACGUUUCGUGCGUCACUUCUCCAUUUAAUUUCCUCUCUCUGAUAUGUCGAGGAAUAAAUAGAGUGUGUGGGUUCCUCACGGGUACCUCAAACUUCACCGCAGUCUCAAGCGCUCUGACUGGAUUAUUUAAUAAAGCGUCGAUGGUUUGACUCUUUCGCUGUUUAAAGCUGAACUGAAGACAUGAGAGUCUCGUGGACGAUCUAAUGAUGCCAGCUCACGUUGGACGUUUCAACCGUGUGGCUUGCGUUCAAUUGAUCUUGUUUUUAAUAAAAUAAGUUUCAGAAUUA